CCUCCCUCCCCUGUUGUUCUCCGGAAUGGUUCCUUCCAGUUAUGGUCGCACCAGCACCAGCAGCGUGGUGAAGGAGAACCCGGCGGAGACAAAACAUCGGCGACAGUUUCCGGAUUUAAUUUACGGUUAUCGGUUAUAACGUCUGCCUGUAGUUUGAGGUUUCGCGGAUCUUUAACCCCGACCGGUCGGAGAAAACCGUCAGAGAUUCCGUUUCAAGAUGCCUCAUCGAAAGAAGAAAUCGUUCAUUGAAAAGAAGAAGGCCGUGACCUUUCACCUCGUCCACAGAAGUCAGAGGGAUCCGCUGGCUGCAGAUGAGAAAGCACCACAGCACGUCCUCCUGCCUGCCACCAAGGUGGAAGCGGAGAAGAGGCGCCAGGAGCAGAGGGAAUUUGGCGUUUUCUUUGACGACGACUACGACUACCUGCAGCACCUGAAGGAGGCGUCGGGCCUGUCUGAGCUGGUGGCAGCCGGACCCCCGGACACCGACAGACGACCUAUUCCCCUCCGCGACGAAGAUGAGGAAAGUGAGGAGAGGGGUGACAAGGCCUUUCCUGCAGCUUGCAUCAACCUGCCCUCUUCGGUGUUUGCCUCAGAGUUUGAGGAGGAGGUGGGACUUCUGAACAAAGCUGCUCCUGUCUCAGGACCGCGUCUGGACAUGGACCCUGACAUCGUGGCCGCUCUCGACGAAGACUUCGACUACGACGACCCCGACAACCUCCUGGAUGACGAUUUCAUCUUCAAAGCAAACAGUGCGAGGGGGGCAGUGGACCUAGAAGGGGACCACGAUGAAGAUGGCGACGAUGAUGAUGAUGAGUGGGAGGACACGGACGAGGAAGGCGACUUUGACUCUGAGGGAGGACUUUCGGGCGACGAGCACUCGACAGGGGACGGCCGCGGUCGAGAGUUUCUGUUCAUGGACGAGGAGACCAAGAGCCGAUUCACCGAGUACUCGCUGACGUCGUCCGUGAUGAGGAGGAACGAGCAGCUCAGCCUGCUGGACGACCGCUUCGAAAAGUUUUACGAACAGUUUGAUGAUGACGAGAUCGGCGCUCUGGACAACGCUGAGCUGGAGGGCUUCAUCGAACCGGACAGCGCGCGUCUGGACGAAGUCAUAAAAGACUACUUCACACAAAAAGAGAGAGAGUUCCUGAGGCCUGAUGACUUGGGUCCCAAAGAACUUCCUGUUGAGGAGGAGGAGGAGGAGGAGGAGGAGGAGGAAGAGGAAGAAUUGGAAACCGUCGUUAUUGCGGCUCCAGAGGAGAAGUGGGACUGUGAAACCAUCAUCAGCACAUAUUCCAACAUAUAUAACAGACCCAAAGUGAUUGAAGAGCCAACAAAGCCGAAGCCGAUCCGCGUGUCCAGCAAGACGGGCAUCCCUCUGGACGUCCUCCCCGCCAGAGGCCUGACGGCCAAGCAGGUGGCGCGCAUGACGAUGAUCAACGACUCGGACCUCCCCCGUGUCUCCACCCAGCCCCGAAGUAAGGAGGAGAGCAAAGAGGAGAGGAAGGCAAGGAAGCAGGCCAUCAAAGAGGAACGCAAGGAGAGAAGAGCCGAGAAGAAGGCCAACAAGAUGGCGUUCAAGGACGAGAAAGUCCGACAGGAGAAGCAGAUGUUGAACCUGAGAACAAACAUUCAAGGCCUGAAGCUUUAGUAGCUGACGGCCGGCGCUCUGCCCACACAGACUCUUCACCCGUUAAUGGCGUCAUCAGCGGACGCGCCGCUCUUCGCUUCAGUGGAGCUGACAGGACGGCAAAUCGACCCCCAGACGAGGGAGGACUGACGGGAGGCUCUGGGCUUGCAGACCACAGCAGAGCAUCCUCAAAUCGCCAUGAGAUCCAGUUCAUUUGACUUGACUUUAAAUGGAAGGAGCAAAAGUAACUUUUUCUAAGACGCGGCAGCUCAGGUCAUCGUGCCGUGAUGUGUUUGAAAUCCAGGAUUAAUAAUAAUAAUAAUAAUAAAAGGCUGGGUAUCGUACUUCAACAGUUUUUCAUUACUUGGUGCUACAAACAUUUUGGCUUGUACCCAAUCAUAUUGGUAAUCGGGGUUACUCACUUAUUUCACAAUUUGAGACUUUUUUUUUUUUCCUUGUGCGGCUUUUCAUGUGAAACCACAUUUAAAGGGAAAGAUGAGAAAAUGAAUACCGCCCUCUGGUCUGUAACUUAGUUUUGACUGAAAGCGGGGAAACAGCAGCCCGGGCUCUGUCCUGGGGGGGGGGGGUCCACCUCCAGGCACCUCUGAAGCUCCAAUUAACACAUUAAAUUGUUUUGUUUUCGUCCGUUCAAAAACCGAAAAGGGUGUUUGUCAUUUUUAUACUUUGAGAGAAAUGAGAUGAGAUUAGAGGUGCUAGUGGGUGGAUUUUUUUUUGAACAGA